AUGGACCAGACUGCGGUCUACUGCGACGUGGGAUCGAACACAACGGUGGACUUUGUCGGGGUUACUCGCGUCCCUGUUGUUGGAGGUGGCCAGGGCAGCUACCGUUGCACCGUGGCGCUGCUCGCAUGCGCGGAUGGCCGCAUGCUGCCACCGGACUUCGUGUUUGCAGGCGAGCCCGACAAUGACGUGUACGCCGAAGUGUCGACCCACUGUGAGCCGGGCGUCGCUACGUUUUCGUGUCAAACGAAGGCGUGGUUUGACGAACGUGUCAUGCUUGAGUGGAUCGAAAAGGUGUGUCAGUUUGAGGCGAGCGGACCGACCGUCCUCAUCCUGGACUGCCUUAAAGUGCACAAAUGUGCUACCGUGCGGCAACGACUUACAGAAAUGGGCACCUACAUUGUGUACGUCCCUGCCGGUUGUACCUCUGUGGCUCAACCGCUAGAUGUGGGAGUCAUGUCUCCUUUCAAAAGCAGUCUAACAGCC